GAGGAAACAGCAAGACUGCCCCAGCUCCCGGGACUCCCCUCAGCUUUCCUCGCCGCCCUUGGCCCCCCCACAUCUCAUUCCCGCAUGGUACAGCCCUUUUCUCUUAUCGCGAUACCGGAAGCUUCGUGCUUCUGGUUGCCAGGGGAACAGCGUCCCUGGAGGCAGGAGGGCUUUGGACGCACAGCUCCUUCCCCUUCCAGAAAAGCUGUGGUGACGCGAAAGAACCCUCCCCUUUGGGGGACAGGGGGUGACGCUGUCCGCCGGUGCGCUUCUGCGCCCGUCAAUGCUUUGCUGUCUGGUGACUGGCUCCCAGAGUUUCCGCUGCGAAGGAUAUCAAUGGAUAUUAUAAAGGGGAACUUAGAUGGGAUUUCAAAACCAGCCUCAAGUUCGAGAACGCGUCCUGGGAGUAGAGGUUCAAAUGCUUCUUUGGAGGUGCUCUCACCAGAACCAACAUCCUUUAUGGUUGAUACUGCAAUCAAGUUGAACUCUGGUAUGAAGGGCCACUCUGAGAGGAGUAAUGCAGAGGAAAAUGGAAGCAAUAAUGAUGAUAAAGGGGAAAGUGAUUCUGAGAAAGCAAAAUUGGCUGAAGAAGGGUCAGAUGAAGAUCUGAACUUGGUUCAACAUCAGAUAAUCCCUGGAUGUGCAGAUGAACCUGAAUUAAAAGAAUUAGAUUCUCAACUUCAAGAUGCUAUUCAGAAGAUGAAGAGGCUUGAUAAAAUAUUGGUGAAGAAACAAUACAGAGAAAAAGAAAUUAAGAAGCAAGGUCUAGACCUGAGAAUAAAGCUGUGGGAAGAACUUAAGUCUGCAAAAACUAGUGAAGCUUUGCAAAGUAAUGAGGAGAUGGAAAAUACAAAAAAGUUUCUAGCUUUGACUGCUGCAUCAGAAGAAACUGUCGAUCCUUCUUGCUAUGAGCAUGAAGACACCUUUUUCUCAGUGUUUCACACUCAAGUCCCUCCAGAAGAAUAUGAAAACCGUAAACAGAAUGUCAAUCAAGAUUUUACCUAUGAUGUGGAAGGAAAUGAGUCAUUGAUCAGAGCAGAAAAGAAACCUUUCUCAAAUACAGAAAAGAUUAAGCUCAGGGGUAAACACAGCCAGGAUUUUAUUAAACGAAACAUUGAGUUGGCUAAGGAUUCAGGAAUGCCAGUGCUUAUGAUUGACAGAGAGAAGAAAAGGCUGACUGAACUUUUGAAGGACUUAGAUGACAAAGAUUCGGGGCUGUCCAGUCCUGAGGGUGAUCAGUCUGGCUGGCUGGUCCCAGGAGAAGGAUACACAUUUGCAGUCACCCAGCACCAGCAGCUUGCCGAAAUUGACACAAAGCUCCAGGAACUUUCUGCAGCCUCACCAACAACUUCCAACUUUUCUCCAAGACAUGGAAACCACAGCGAUCAGGAACCUGACCUUAAUGAUGAUGAUAAAAAUAUGGAAAUAACUCCAGGAGAAAAGGUACUUCGGAACGCCAAAGAGCAACGGGAUCAGCAAAACCGGCUGAGAGAGAUAGAUGACAAACUGAGAAAGAUGAAGGAAAAUGUGUUAGAUUCAACAUCACCUCUCUCUGAGGAACGGUUAAAGUGUCUUCUGGAUGAAUGCACACUCAGACAAAAAUCCAUGAUUAGACUUUCUUCAGAAAGAGAAAAGGAAGACGUAGAGGAUUCAACAGCCCAGUCCCCCCAUCUUUCCAGAUCUGUCCUCUCUGAGCUACUAAAUGGGUCAGAAACAAAAGUCACCAGCACAGAGGUAAAAGAUGCAAAUAUGUCUGAGAAUGCAGAAUGUGAAACAUGUACAGGUUACUAUCUCACCAAAGCCUUGACUGGGCAUUACAUGUCUCAAGCACUUGUCAUCGAAGCAGAGAAUUUGAGAUGCCUCCCAUUUCCCAAGGACAAGGUUAUUAGUGACACAAAGGACUAUUUUAUGUCGAAGACUAUUGGCAUUGGGAGACUGAAAAGGCCCUCUUUCUUGGAUGAUCCACUGUAUGACAUCACUGUGAGCCUUUCAUCUGAAGACCAUCGUCUGGAAGUCAGCUCUCCAGAGAAACCAAAAAUGGAUGAAGAGGAGACUGAAGAUGUGACAGAAGAUUGGAAAGAAUCUUGAGCGAUGACUUUCUGGGCGUGCUUGCUUUGAAGGAAGUUGAGAAGAGAUCAGUGAGCAUUUUUCCCGCUUCACAUACAGAUCUGGAUUUGUAUUUAAGCUUGGCUUUGCUCGGUGAGUCAGGCAAACCCUCCAAGCGGCUUCCGGUGGCACUCGGGACAGCUAGUGACAGACACCGCCAACAGUGCUAUCUGAGGUAAGUAGACAGUUACAUCCUAACGGUGUCGGGCUAAGUGAUUUGAACAACCAGUACUGUACUAUGGGAAUCUCGGGGUCAUUGCUGAAUACAGGUCAGGGGCUGGGAAAAUAAAAGGAAUGUUCCAACCAGGUCUUAUUUACCUAACAUUCAACACUUAGCCUUUGAACUAAACCAGGCAAGUUAGAUCAGAUGUCUUAGCAGACUUGUCUUUCAGAUACUUGGCCUGGGGUAUAAUUAAGACUUUGAAAAACAUUCUGAGAGUUUCAAGAUUUUAUAGAGGUCACAACUGCGUCUGGAGAACAAUCCACUUUGGUAUCAGGCCAUCUGGGUAUUUCCCUAGAGACUGGCCCCAAACACAUGCCAUCAAUCCGUAUUUCAGUCUGUAACGAUCCCCACCUGACAGCGACACUCCGUGCAGCUAUCAACAGUCCAUUCCUCGUUAUUCCUGUACUGAACUCCGUUGUGGUAGCAGAGGGGAGGCCUCCUCAGCUCAUUGGCCAACUCCUUGUUCUCUUCAGUCUAGAAGGGAGAGAAAGGCCAUUAGUGCCCAACUUCAUUUUCAGUCACUUGGGGUCACCUGCGAUACACCUUCAGCUGCUCAUGCUAAAGGGCUGAGGGGAGGGGCACUGACCACUUU